AGAUGUCGGAGAAAAAUGAACACUUCAUGGUGAAGUGCAAGGGUCCCCCGAAACAGUUCUUGGCGAUCGUUGGUGAUACUGAUGGAAUGAUCAGAAAAAGUUUAGAAGAACGUUCAAAAGCUGUCAAAGAAGAAGCUGAUUGUUAUUUCAUUGAAACAUAUUAUUAUUCUGCAAAAUAUGGCAUUAAAACAUAUGAAACUCUUUCUGAAUUGUCAGCAGAUUACGAGGCCAACAAUGCUCCAAUAAUGUGCAUUUUCUUCGCAUUAAAGUCGAUGGAUCAGCUGGAAGAAGCUAAAACUGUCUCUAAUCAAGUUAAAGCCGAUACAAAGGUAAUCAUCGUGGAAUCACUGGAACUAUGUCCGGAUUUUGAUGGACUUGAAAAAUUUGUUGCCGAAAAUGAGUUCGAAGUUGUUUUCCUGAAACCGAAUGAGGAUCAACUGGUUGAAGCAGCAGAACAAGCAGAAAAAAUUGGAGUCGAUCGGCUCAUUGAGACCAUGGAAGUGUGUAAUUGGCCAUGGAGAGUUGUAAAUGCAAUUGGAAAGACUUUACAGGGUACACUCUCGAAUUUCAUGGACGAUGAAGCAGAUCCAACAGAGUAUAAUAUGAAUGAAGAUGAUACGAUCUCUGGACCGGCUGCCGACCAAUUAAUUCGUCACUUUGCUCAAUGGAUAGAUCAAAACCCGGACGCCACAAUUCCAGCUCCACAACACGCGGAAAGAGUUAACCUGUCACCAGAUUCACCAACAACUACCGAGGGAACAACGAAUCAGGAUGAUGUAUCGAUUUCUGUUGAUAUUGAUCUCGUUUGUGCAACAAAGAAUCUGGGAGAAAAUGGUGGAUCUUCCGGGGAGAAUGAGAAGAAAGCUGAGAAGUCUACUUGAACGCCGCCGUGUGAUAUUUCCUUUUUCUAAUUUAUUUCCAUAUUUUGCCUUAUAUUUUCAGUAUUUGAUAAUUUUCCUUCUGCUUUACAUGUUCUACUGUUGAAAUUGGAUGAUCGAACCGCACCGCUCAGAAAAAGAGGCGGAGCGUAAUUUUGCAAUCCUGCGGCGUGGUUUUCCGCCUUUAUUUGAUUUUUCGAUUGAAAAUGUUAUCCAAUUUAAAUCUCAUAAGAUUUCGAAAAUAUUUAAUGCUCGAAUCUUAUGAGAAUUAAAUUGGAUAACAUUUUCAAUCGAAAAAUCAAAAAAAAAAGGCGAAAAACCGUGCGGCAGCGUUGCAAAAUCAAGCCCCGCCUCUUUUUUUUGCAAAAGUCACGGAUCGAAUUUCAGCAGUAUCACCACCAUCGCCUCAUUUCUUCUUGUAUGUAAAAACGCACCGAAUUUUUCAACGGAAACAACAAUUUCAUUGUC